UUUGGUGGGAAGCGCCGCCGCGUGUGUUCUCUGGCGACAACGUCAACAUGAUGAUGCUGUGAGAAUGACCUUGUCGGAGUUCAAAGGUACCGCCUGAGAAGUUAGAAAUGGUGCAAAACACCGACAACCCCCGGGCCACCAUCAACAAGACAAUCUGCCCUCCAUCUUGUCUGACAGGCGACUGUUUGUUGUCAGCGUGCUCUUAUCUGCUCUUCUGACCCUCGAGCCGUCCUCGAGGAGGUGCCCUCCUACGUACGUGGUGAGGGUCCUUCACAGCUGGUCCGACGCCAUGUCAGGUUUUCUGACUCCUAACCUAAAACUCGCACACGCAAACACAUUUUGUGCUAACACGCUGAUUGGCAGUUGCGGACCACAGAGAGGCAGAAAGUAGUGAGAGUGGAAAGAAGACAGAUGGACACUACACAGCAGACUGACUACAAGAAGGACAUCAGCGUGUUGGGAAUGUCUUUCCUGGACGAGCCGGGCCGAGUGCAGAGGGACAAAGUCUCGAAGGGGGAGCUCAGCCCCACCAGGAGCUUCUUCCAUCGGGCGAGCAGACCAAGUAGUCCCCGCUCGGCGCCCCCCUCCAGCUCCUACUCCAGGACGAGUCCCACCUCAGCCAAGAGCAGCUUCCCUUUCCAGGCUGCGGAGUCUCCGCCCAAACCUCCUCGCAGACUGAGCUUUAGUGGGAUCUUCAAAUCAACCUCUAGGGAAUCGAACCAGCAAAUGUCGUCGUCCCCCAUCAGCAUGAAACUCUUCUCACGCAGCAAGAGGAGCAAGGCGAGAGCCUACACCAUGUCAUCCCCACCUGCCCCUUCCCAAUCUCCCCCUGCCUUCCAACUGGAGAAUUACCUGACGGAGCCGAGGCGUCCGGAGACCAGGAGGCUGCGUUCCUUCUCCUCACCCCCCGACACUGGGCAACACUUCUCUUGCCGGCUGCCACCGCCUUUUACGGUUUCACCAGCACCGCAGGUGGAGGCUGGGGGUGAGGCUGAGCGGCGCUCCCUGGGCGAUGGCGUGUGUGCCGACUCCGAGAGAGACAUCUACAUGCGCUUCAUGAAGUGUCACAAGUGUUACGACAUCAUCCCCACCAGCUCCAAACUGGUGGUCUUUGACACCACGCUACAGGUGAAGAAAGCGUUCUUUGCUCUAGUCGCUAAUGGCGUGCGUGCUGCUCCUUUGUGGGAAACUAAGAAGCAAAGUUUUGUUGGAAUGUUGACUAUCACAGACUUCAUCAACAUCUUGACCAGAUACUACAAGUCACCCAUGGUUCAGAUUUACGAGCUAGAAGAACACAAGAUCGAGACCUGGAGAGAACUUUACCUGCAGGAGACCUUCAAGCCUCUGGUCCACAUCUCACCUGAUGCCAGUAUUUUCGAGGCGGUGUCAUCGUUGAUUCGCAACAAGAUCCAUCGUCUUCCCGUCAUUGACCCUCUGAGUGGAAACGCACUCUACAUCCUGACCCACAAGAGGAUCCUCAAGUUCCUGCAGCUCUUUGUGUGUGAGAUGCCCAUGCCCGGCUUCAUGAAGAAGACGCUGGAGGAACUUCAUGUGGGAACGUACGACAACAUUGCUUUCAUCCACCCGGACACGCCCAUCAUCACCGCCCUCUCCGUUUUCACGCACCGCGGCGUCUCCGCCUUACCCGUAGUCAAUCACCAUGGACAAGUGGUGGACAUCUACUCCAAGUUUGACGUGAUUAACCUGGCGGCGGAGAAGACAUACAACGACCUGGAUGUGACCGUCACGCAGGCUUUGCGGCACAGGUCGCAGUACUUUGAAGGUGUCAUGAAGUGCAACAAAGUGGAGACCCUGGAGACCAUAGUGGACCGCAUUGUGAAAGCUGAGGUUCACAGGCUGGUCGUCGUAGAUGAAGAGUCCCGGAUCGUCGGCAUCGUCUCGUUAUCAGACAUCCUUCAGGCGCUCAUCCUCUCGCCUACUGGUGUGCUCAGGAACGAAGACACGUUUCCUUCUCACUCUGCUUUGGACUACGCAUGUGACAAGCGACAGGACCAGGAUCAAGAUAAUCGUGCUGACUGCCAGCAGGGGGAGACAGAGCGGGAGACGGAGAUGAUUGAAGGAGAAGGAUUCCAGGAAAAGAGGGAGGAGGUGAUACAAGAGGGAGGCGGCAAAGGGAACCAGGAGGAGGAGGAGAUAGAAGUUAGGGAGGAGGUGGAGGAGAAAGAAGAUGUUGUGGAGGAGGAGACAGAAGAUGUUAGGAAAGAGGGGGUGACAGAAGAAGUUGAGGACGAGGAGACAGGAAAUGUUAGGAAAGAGGGCGUGACAGAAGAAGUUGAGGACGAGGAGAUAGGAGAUGUUAGGAAAGGUGGGGGGACAGAAGAAGUUGAGGAGGAAGAGACAGGAGAUGUUAGGAAAGGGGGGGUGACAGAAAAAGUUGAGGAGGAGGAGACAGGAGGAGGAAGUGAGGAGGUAACAGAAGAAGGGGAAGGUAAAAGUGAGGUGACUGAGGCAGGAGAUGCAUGGAGCGGGGAGAAGGUGGCAGAGGGAGAAGAGGAAGUGAUGGAAGAGCAGAAAGGGGAAAGAGUAGCGGAAGAUUUGACAGAGGAGGUGACACAACAAGGAGAAGAAGGAAGGGAGGAGGAGACUGAAGAUGGAGGGAUGAGUGAGGAGAUGAACAAGAGACAAGGUGAAGAGAGGGAGGAGGAAAUGGAGGAGAGAGAAGAAAGGGAGGAAUUGACAGAAGAAGGCGACAAGCAGGAGGAAGUGAAGGACGCAGGAGAAGAAGGAGAGGAGGAGCAGGUCGUUCCAGAAGGAGGAAAAGGUAAAGGGGAGGAGGAGACAGGGCAAGAGGAGGAGUUGUGACAUCAUCAGUUGUGGUGAGCUGUGAGUGACAGGUCGGCCCGCCCUCUAGCAAUGUUGUCAGUAUGGCAGCUGGUUGAAAACAACACAGCAUAGCAGCUAAUUUGUCCCAUACAUGUAUAUUUCUAUAUAUUUUGAUAUAUAAAUGAUGUGGCACUAUCAGGAUGUUAGCAGCUAAAAGUCAGUGAUGAUCAUGUAAUGUUUUAUUUAUAUUCAUCUUGUAAUAGUAAUAUUUUCAUCGCUGUUCAACAUCAAAAGUUGUAUUGUAAGCACAUCGACACAUUCACCUUCCCUAAAGCCGCUGGCGGUCUUUUUUUUUUUAUAGCCACAAUGCAACUCCAACACAAGCAUUAGAUAAUCGCAACCAUUUAUUAUUCACAUACAAAAAGUUCAAUCAUUGUGUUCCCUUAUGUAAUGUGUGUGAGAGAUGGUUAAAACUACAUGUUGGGACUGAGUUGAUGAAGAGAAGAAGAAGUCAUCUGACAGCACACACACAUUCACGCUUAAUAGUAUUUUUUUUUCCUCUAAAAAGUACCAUUUGAAAAUAUGAAAUGACCUCUACUUUCCACAUGGAUCAUCAACAGUCCAUCAGUUCACAAACUUUACAUCAGGACGUACGCAUUGUUGAACUUUGAACUUUCCAAUUGGACCAGUAAAAUAUUUAGUUUUGGAGUCGUGCUUUCUCAGCGCCAAGAUGGCGGUGCAGGAGGCCCCUGUGAUGCGCCAAUAUUAGAUUUACAGUUUGCCGUACCUGCCUAAUGCUAACAAUGCUACAUGCUACAGGUACAUGACAGUGGGGGGAACAUUUAAUCAAACCUGGGAAAUCAGAAUCAGCUUUGUUGGCCUUGUAUGUUUUAACCUGCGUAUGUGUCAUUUUACUAUGAACAUUUUUGAAAUUAUUGCAGAUUUUGUGAUGUUUUGAACAGGAUGAUGCACAAGGGAGGAGGAGAGAAGACCGGGGUUAUAACUUUUUACAAUGUGGAUAACUUUUCAAUUAAAACAAAAAUAAAUAACACAUACAAAAUU